UCUCCCUGAAAGCACCCAAACUACUCCAACAAUCUACAUUCCAUCUACAACUGACCAAUCACAAAUAAGAUUGCAAUAACCCAGAACUAUCUGUAUAUUUACUUCAUAUGAUAGUCAUAAAGCAGUUCUAUAUACACAAGGUAAAGUAGGACACAAUAUACCUAUCCCAUGAACUUUUGAAUAAGUUCCUUGACCAGAACAGCUAUAGGAUGUAAAUCCUCAGGCUGAAUUUAACACAACCUUAAUCAGAUUUAGCGUGUUCCAAAUUAGAUCUUUAGAAAAAUUUAAAAGUAACUGAACUUUUGAAUCAUCUGGUAAUUAUCUGUACUACUUUCAUCCUAUUAGAUUGUGCAUCUUCAUCAUUUAGUGAAGAUAAUUCUCCAACUUUAUCAUCAAUAUCUUCAAGAAGGUUACCUAGACCACCAGAAAAAUCAACUAUUCCUAAACCUCCAAGCUUAAAGCCAUCACUUACAAAUACCACUAUGAGGUCAGUACUGAACAGAGGACCUCCUCCAUACAGAAGACCACCUAGUGAACCUCCCCCACCACCUCUACCCCUUUCCAAACCUCCUCUGUUGUCUACCUGUACAUCCAGUCCUCCUGAUAUUGUUGAUGUUGAAGCACAGGAAGAUUACGAAAUUCCAAUAUGUGGGAAUGCUCCUCCAACUUUCUUUCAGAAAUCACCAACUCUUCAUGACCAAAUCAAAACAACAGUAGGAAAUUAUGUGCCUCAGCCCACAGCCAUUCGUCUUUCUCCUGAUACCAGGGCAAUACAAGAUAUCGAAAAUAGAGAAGAUACUUAUGAAGCAAUUGAAAAAGCUGAGGAAGAAAAUUAUGAAGUAGUAGCAGCAGAAAAUCAAUGGUCAGGCUCUUCCUCAUCACUCGCCUCAUCUUCCUCAGAUCGACCAGUUUUACCUCCUCGUUCUCAAGCAUUAUCUUAUGGUCCUCCACCACCUCUACCAGAGAAACCUAGAAAAUAUCAAGAUAUACUAGUCCCACAUGUUAAUAGUAACCAAGAUCCCUUAGCUGAUGUUGAAAGGCCUAAACUACCCAGGAGUAAAGAAACCUUCAGUUCUAAAGCAAGUGAAGAUCAGUCACAAGCUUCUUCAUCUCAGAGUGUAACUGGAGCAAUAACUGGUCUCUUGUCAUCUGUUUUGAGCAGUCGUAGUAUACGAGAAGGGAAAAAACCUGCACGAGAUCAGUGUAACAGUAGUGGUGGAGAUACAGCAUCCACAACAGGCAGCCACUCAUCUCGAGCGUCAACACCAGAAAAAUCAGAUCCAAUGUCAAGUCUUACAGGGCCAAUAAACAAUGCACCCCAAUUGCCUGAUAAAAAGAUAACCCCUCCAAUAAAUUUUCCAAAAUACAGUCCGCAAGUUUCUUUUGAAGACAUUGGAACAAAUGUUGCUAAUAGACCACUUCCUCCUGUUCCUGCAACAUCAAAAUUAUACGAAGAUCCGAAAAAGGAAAAGGACCUGAUACACCAAUAUUCAUGGUUCCAUGAUGUAGAGAGAGACACAGCUGAGCAGUUACUCCAACAACAGGAUGGUGAUGGAGUUUAUCUAGUAAGACAGAGUCGUCGGGCUGGCCAUGCAAACCCUUAUACCUUAACCAUACUUUUCAGUAACCGUAUAUUCCACCUCAAUCUUAGACAGCGUCCAGAUGGCUUAUUUGCACUGGGAAGAGAAAAACCCAGGGAAAAGACUUUCUCAACUGUUGCAGAGUUGAUUUCAUAUCAUCAAAAAGAACCCAUUCUGCUUACAGCUAGAGGAGAGCCAGCAGGGAAGACUUGUCUCAAUGUUACAUUGGGAAAAUCAUAAAUGUAAUGUGACUCUAGAACUCUUAAUGUAACUAAAGUAACUUACAGAUUUUGGGAAACAAAACUAAAGUUGUUUCUUAAUUUUCAGGGGAACAAUUAUUUAAUUAUUUUUUUUAUUAAAGAAGUAUGAAAACUUUUGAUAUCAGAUGUAAACUCAACUAAGAAUGAUUUGAAGAAAGAGUGUCUACAAUGCAAAAAAUUGUUUUUAUAUGGAAAAACUUUUAAGUGACAGAAAACAUACAAAAGGUUGUUUUCUCACAUGAUUUAUAGUAUGGUGUUCUAGUAAAUACCAGUUAUGUAUUGACAGUAAUAAGAAAUAUGUUAUUUAUUUUAUGCAUUGUAAUAUUUUCUUUAAGCAAUGAUGAAGAAAGUACAGAAAUAAAUUAAGGGAUCAAUAAUAAGCUAUUUAUAUGAAGAUUACAAUUUUUCUUUUGUAAUAUCAAAGAAUUCUAAAUCCUUUUCUAUCAUUUUAUAACUAUUUGAUUUGUAAAGAAAUAAUGAGUUUGUUUUACUGUGUUUUGAUGACAUAUAUAAUAGAGAAAUACAUUGUUCAUGCAUAACUUAAAUUUAGAAAACCACAAGGAGUGUUUUCUCAGUGAGCAAUAAUUAAAAUAAACACAUUUUGUAUUUAUUUCUACAUUUUUGUUUUGUUUUAAGAGCCAAGUGAAGCAAGAUCUGUGAUUUUCUUGAUCAAGGGAUUGUUUUAUGUAAAACAUUUUGACUUUUAGUUUCUUAAAAUUGUUGUUUGAGUUGACGAAUGUAACAUUUAAAUGACACUUCUAUAAAUGAGAGUUUAAGUAAAAAAUUAUUUUGCAUUUGUGUUUUUUGUAGAUUAUUAAAAUCUGUGUGUUUCAGGUAAAAGUUUUAAGAUUGUUAAUGAGAGUUUAAAGUGACUAUUCAAAAGCCCAAACUUUGGGAAACUUUAGAACUUGAAUAAAUACUGGUGUAACACUAUUAUUUUACUCAAAUUUAGGUUUAUGAAAUACUUUCAUAUUGAAUUUGUUUAAAUAUUACUCAGAACAUUCAAAAAUAUAAAGUAGGAGAUUUGUUAGUGACAUUUUUAUCUGCCUUGAUAAAUUAUAUAAAAGAAAUAUUAAUCAUUAAUAACAAAUGUUUCUGUAUGCAUUUGUGUUUUAUGAUUUCAAAUUUUUUGUGCUAUAAGAAAAGUAACAGUUUGACCUAAUUACAUAAUUUUUUUACUAACCUGUGAAUUUAGCUCUGUCCUUGUCAGUUACUUAUUCUGAAGAAUGUCUAGUUCAUUAACAGUGUUUCCUUCAUAUAAUGCUGCUUUACAAUGCAGGUGUAGAUAUACUUGUGGAACUAAAAUACCUUAGUUAUAAAAUAAAUCAAAAUGAAAGUAGAACAUUAUUCAAUACAUCUAAAAAUGUGGUUGGGUCAUAAAAAUGUUUUUUUUUUUAUGUCUUGUUUUUAUGCAACUGAUUGAUAAAUAUUAACAUAAAAGGUGCCUGUGUGUGACUAUGAUGCAGCAUCGAGAAUUUUUUUGUUUUCAAGAAUUUUGAAUGAAAUGUUUUUGGCAUGUUGAUGAGUUUUCUUCAAUAAUUCAGUGAAUUUACAUGGUGUAUGAUCAAUAGCAAUCAUUUGAAAGCACUGAAUUAGUUGCUUUUAUACAGUGCCUUAUGAUAUUGUUAUAUUUAUAUAUAAAACAGAAUAAAUACUAAUGAGAGAGAUCUGAUUAUAACUAGUCAGUUUAUAAGCUUCUAAUUUUUCUAUUUCUUCAUUUGUGUAAAACCAUUAUUCAAUGGUAUAUAUAUAUAUAGAAGAAGUGUUAAGAAAUAAGUAGUCUUUGUAGUGUAUGUGCUUUCAUUUGUCUAACUAAUGCUCACAUGUUAGUUGAAUAUCUUGGUGAGAUUUUUGUGUUUUUUGUUAAACUUCAAUUAAUUAAUUUUGAGGUGUACAAAUGCUUCAACAAUAGUAUUGUGUAAGUAGAUGCAGGAUGGGCAACAAAGAUCCCCUCCCCCCCAAUUAAGAUAUUAAUUAUGAUGUACUUCAUAUGUGACAUCUUAUAACUAUUUUUAUGUCACUCAUUCACUGCAAACAAUGGUGUACACACUGAAUGUUUCUAAUAUUAGAUUCAGCGAUUAUACAGAUACAGCUUAUGAAGAAAGGUUUGUUGUUUUACUUGUAAUUUUGUUUCCCCUUAUUUGGGGUGGGGGUUAGUGUGGUCCAUCCCAUGUAUAUCGGGAAAAAAUAAAUGUUUCAUCUGUUUACAUAAAACUGAUUGUAAAUUUCAAUCAUAAAUGUGUUGAACAUAGUAAAUAACAUAAUAUUAUUAUUAAUUUGCUGGCGCUGAAUUAAAAACGAUUUGUAACUUUUAAGAUUGUCAACUUAUAAUACUAGAAAAACUUAAUCUUAUCAACUAUUAACAAUAAAUAUCUAAAGACCAACUAGAAAUAUUUAUAAAGAGAAUUAUUCUGUGAUCAAAUGUUUACUGAUUUCACAGCUAUAUUCUAACAUGUAUACAUUACUUUGUAAUAUAAGAAAAUGCUUAAAAAGAGUAAGUCGUGAAUUAAAAUGUUGGAGGAGCCAGUAUAUCAAAAUUUUCAAGUAGUUUUAUAUUCGAAAUGUUGCUGUUAUUGUAUUUUUGGUCUACCAUUUUCUUUCUUGUAUUAUUACCAUAGUUACAUUUGCUGUUUUGUGUAAAUGUGUAGUUAUAACUAAAAAUACUAGGCAACAUUUACUAUGUACGAAUUAACAAAAAAACAGUAAGAAACAUACUAUAUGCACAUCCGAAAUGUCUGUAUAUGUGUAUAUAUAUAUAUUAAUGUUGAUUGAUAUAACUAAUUUCCUAAUCGAAUUUUUUGAAAUGUAUGUGCAUGUUAAAAACUUUGUGUUAUUGUUUGGAACAAUAAAGUAGCUUCACCAAACUUAAACUAAAUAUUAGUGAAAAAGUAACGGUGAAGGUUAUUAAUUAUUGGGGUUAUUUUUAUAAAUUUUAAAAGGAUAGAUUACUUGAUAGUUUACUACAAUAUCAGAUUGUACCAAGAAUGGUUUAAAUUUACAAUGGAAACUGAUGCACUUGGUUUAAACUGCCUGUUCCUGAACUAUGUCCGUAGUUUAGCCUGAUAUUAUAACAUAACUUAGGAUAAGACUUAACUCACUUAAACGAGAAAAAAACAUCUCAUAACUAGUUGCGAAUUAUGAACAGUAAGGAAAUAUUCACAAUUUUCAAAGUUGUUACUGAAGUAAAAAACCUUAAGUUGCUAGAAACGAAGACCAGUUGUUUAGACAUUUAAUACUUACAUAAUAUAAGUCCCUGCUGGAAGGAUAAGUUAUUUUUAAAGCUUUAGCAGAAGAGGAGAUGUUAAAAAUUUUAAAAGUAAUCAAAUAAAAGCCAUCUAAAA